AUGUCUAACCUGUGGAAAAAAGAGACUGCAGGCCAUGCCCGUAUGGCUAUUACUUACAUAGUCAUACGAACAUGGCCUCAAGUCGGUAAUCCAGUGCGUCAGAGAUUCCAGCAUCUUUUCCUCUCCCAGUGGAUGCCACACACUGUCAUCAUCGGCUCGAAGCCCCCGUAUACAGUGGUGGGGUCCUUGGUGGAGGUAAUGAGCAUUGUGGCAGAGAAGUUAGGCGUCUGUGUGGAGUACGUGGUGCCGGAAGAUCGAAUUUUCGGCACGAAGUCCACCAACGGUUCCUGGUCAGGUGUCAUGGGACUUGUGGUGCGGGAGGAGGUUGACAUGACCGGGACAGUUCUUUCCCAAGAAGCCGGGAGGUCUGAGGCCGUGGAUUUCAGUAUUCCCCUUUACAUGGACGCCCAAAAAAUAAUUUACAAAAGUCCUGUUCUGACAUCUGACAUUGCUGGGUUCAUUAAACCUUAUUCAGGUUUGAUGUGGAGUCUGCUGGCCACGUCGAUGGUCCUCCUGAUCACCGGCCUUUUCCUCGUGCAAUCCAUCCACACCAGAGCCACAAGAGGACGCCGGAAUGUGGAACCGAUCGGUAAUUCUGGCACUGUCUGGCAAUCUUGCCAAUGGAUUCUGGGAUCUGCACUUGCACAGUGUGAAGAUAAAGCCAUUGUCUUGUCCUUCUCAGCAAUGGUGCUGGUUCCCAGCGGCACGUCGGUGCGCGUCCUGUGGGGUAUGUGGCUUCUGGCGGCGCUCAUCGUCGGCUCAGUCUACCGCUCCAACCUGAAGGCCAUGCUGAUCCUGCCGAAGCUGCGCUUGCCCUUUGACAACCUGCACGAGCUCACACAGACGGACAUCCCCUGCUUUGUUCCUGCUGGGAGCGCCCUUUUGCAUAUCAUUCUGAGUGCUCCACCCGGAUCGCAAUUGCACAAAUUGCACAAGCAACUUCGUGUCUCAAAUAACGUUGAGAGGGUGGUACAGGGUAUCAUGGACGGACAGUUCGCCGUCUUCAGCAGUGAACAUAUACUAAACUUUGUCAUUCAUCUGACUUUCUCGCGUACACAAUCCUGCCCUCUGUACUAUGCUUCUGAAACCUUCUUCGGCGCAACGAGCCUCAGCCUCGCUUUCCCCAAGGGCUCUCCUCUGAAGAAGAAGAUUGACCCCAUCCUCUAUAACUUGCAAGAGUUUGGCAUCUUGAACAAGCUCUAUGAGGACGGCGUGCAAAACCUAAGGGAGUGCCUCAAACAGGCGUCGUCCAAUUCACUGCGGUCAUUUGACCUUAUCGACUUCUAUGGCAUUUUCUGUGUCUAUUUGGGAGCAAAGUCACAAGAACAGAUGUUACAUAAUAUUGACAGGUUCUUCGGAAAGCAAGGCAUUCUCUUGGCCUUUGCUGUCUUUGUGGCUGAGUUGGCUGCUUCUCGGGUGAAACAAGGCGAGAGAUCUCCUUAG